AUGGCUCCUACCAACAACCCCGAGCUCACGAUGGACAAGGUCUUUCCUGUCAAGGACAAGGUCGCCUUGGUCACCGGUGGUGGCUCAGGAAUCGGUCUCAUGAUUACCCAGACUCUUGCUGUCAACGGUGCUAAGGUGUACAUCGUUGGAAGGACAGAAGAGAAGCUCGAAAAGGUUGUCGAGGUGCAUGGUCAGAACAUUGCAGGUCAGAUUAUCCCCAUUGUGGGAGACGUCAGCACGAAGGAGGGCGUAUCGAAGAUUAAGAAAGAGAUCGAGUCAAAGGAGAAGUGCGUGUGCAUUCUUGUCAACAACGCUGGUAUCGCACCAGGCAAGACCGAGGUGAAGGGAAGCUCUGAAGAGCUAGUCGACAAACUUUUCGAUGGCACAACUGAGCAAGAGUGGUUGGACGUGUACCAAACCAACGUUGUCGGCCCCUUCCUCAUGUCCACCGCCUUCCUCCCUCUUCUCGAAAAGUCCACCGAGUCGCACCCCGGUUACUCAGGCACCAUCAUCAACAUCUCAUCCAUCUCGGGCCACAUCCGCAUCUCACAAGGUCACUUUGCCUACAACUCUAGCAAAGGUGCUGCGAUACAUUUGAACAAGAUGCUCGCGUCUGAGAUUGCCAAGAACGGUAUCAAGGUGCGGGUGAACUCUAUUGCGCCUGGUGUUUUCCCUUCAGAGAUGACGACCCAGGAGAGCAGAGAUGACAACCAGAAGAGUGAGAUGCCUAAGGAUCACAAGGAAGGUCUGCCUGCGCAGCGACCUGGAAAGGACCAGGAUAUGGCUGCAGCUAUCCUGUUCGCUGUUGGCUGCCAGUACCUUAACGGUCAAACUGUCACUGUCGAUGGUGGCUACGCGAUCCAGGUUGGCAACUAA